AUGAGUAGAUCAUUUUCUUGUUCAGAUCCUAAAUUCAAUUUGUUUAAUGGGGGUUUAGGAUGCUCAAUAGAUGGAUGUGGUCAAUACAACAAGUGUCUUUCAAUUCUAAAUGACAAAUUUAUUGAGACAACUGGAUGUUGCCGUAUGAAGAUUUUAGAGCCAAACUUCGUAACAGUCUUCGUGUAUAUGUUGAUUGUCCCAGUUAUAGGGAUAGCUAGUUUGGGAGCUUUAGGAGGAGGAAUAGUAAAGCGACCCUUUCUGUAAUCUAUUCUGAAUUUUGAUGCAAGCAUAGCUGGAGACAUUACAGCAUGCUUAAUGAUUAGUGCUCAAAUAGUGAAUAUGGUGUUCAUAUUUCUCUAAAACCAUCCUGAUGUGCCAGAACGACCAGUCAUUAAUUAUGACAUAGCUAUUAUUUACACCUUAGCCAUUCCAGUCAGUUUGUGUUUAGGUAGUGAUUUAGCAAACUUUCUACCGUUACUACCUUUACUAUCAUUUCAAAUAUUAUUUUUCUUAGCAAUUUCCCCUGUUUUAAUUUAUUAUGCUAGAAGGCAGAAUGAAUUAGAAGAUAUAAAGGAUCAAAACAGUGAUGUAGUAAAGGAAUCAGCACUUCUGACUAUGUCUUAAUAGUAGAUUUAAAAUAAUAAUGACUAUACUGAAAAUCAAGCUAAGCUUUACAAAUAACUUUAUGCUGAAUAAUGUCAAAGAUUUCCCCUAGUACCAAUUUUGAUAACUUUGGGAAAUUUUGCAAUCAAUGAACUUUUAUUGCUAUUAAGAUCUUCACCAUAUCAAUAUUCUCCAUAUUUCUUUCCAGAAGGAGAUAUAAACAAUCAAAAUAAAGACAAAGGUCCUUGUGAACCUUGGAAUUUUUAUAUGGUUCUUUUAUUAACUGGAGUAAACUUUAUGAUAACAGGUUCAGUUUACUUUUUUAUGAGAAAGAAGGAAUUGUUAAAAAAUACAGUGAAUUUCUAUCCUCAUGAACGCUUCUUCACCCCUCCUAGAAGAUUCUUUUAUGUGUAUGCAGCAGGAUUUUUAACAGGAUUUGUUGCUGGGUUUGUAGGAAUGGCAGCAGGAUUAACAAUGGUUGUAACUAUGGUUCGAUUUAAAUUGAUUGCUGCAGUUGCAGGAGCAACAGCCAACUAUUGUUAUUUCUUAAUUUGCAUUUAAGUAUUUACAAGUUUUCUGGUGGGUGCUUCUUAAAGUUAAGGCUUGCCUGUUGGAGAGCAAUUCUUUUUUUACGCCUUAGGAGUGUUAGCUGUGUUGACAUUCACGAAUUAUGGUUAUAGAUUACUGAAGAAAUAUAAUAUUGGCCAUAUUAUUUUUUAUAUUGACUUUGCAAUAGUUAUUUUGAACAUUAUGGGAAACAUAGCUUGGGGAAUUGAGAAUGGUUAUCGGGAUGGUUUUCAUUCAUUGGAGUAACAGCCUUCAACAUGCGGAAAUUUUGUCCUCGAUAACUGA